UAUUUUAACACUAGUUUCUGUCCCUUGGUUUUCAGUUUCCAUGUGUCCAAGCAAAUGGUUUGAACUUAUCGACAGCUUACUACAACUACUAAAUUUGAAUGAGCUUUAUGAGAGUGACUUAUUCCAGGGUUUCAAAUUGAACUCUUGAACUAUACGCACUCAUCUGUUUCCUUACACCGUAAGAGAUAAGAGGAAAGUUUAACACACUUGUCUGUAGGAGUAGCAGAAAUGUGUGGAAAAACAGAAGACAUCGCAUAUAUACACAGCUCUGUGAAGACUAAAUUAUUUAUGGAGAACACACAAAGAAUCGACAACAGAGAUUUUCCUUCAGGAUGCAGUAUGUUGCAUGGAGAGAGAUCAAACCCAUCAGAGUCCAGCUGUGUGUCCAUGAAGAGUGACCAGUCUAUGGGCAAGCCAAUAAAAUUUAAAGGAAGACAAACAUCGACUGAUCUAAGAGGGAGAUCAAACCCUCCAGAGGCCAGCUGUGUGUCCAUGAAGAGCAACCAGUCUAUGGGCAAGCCAAUAAAAUUUAAGGAAAGACAAACAUCAACUGAUCUGAGUCUAAGAGAUAGAUCAAACCCAUCGGAGCCCAGCUGUGUGUCCAUGAAGAGUGACCAGUCUAUGGGCAAGCCAAUAAAAUUUAAGGGAGGACACACAACAACUAAUCUGAGUAUUUUGCACAGAGAGAGAUCCAACCCACCAGAGGCCAGCUGUUUGUCCAUGAAGAGUGACCAGUCUAUGGGCAAGCCAAUAAAAUUUGAAGGAAGACACACAUCAACUGAUACGAGUCUGUUGCACAGAGACAGAUCAAACAAAUCAGAGACAGACUGUGUGUCCAUGAAGAGCGACCAGUCUAUGGGCAAGCCAAUAAAAUUUAAGGGAAGACAAGCAUCAACUGAUCUGAGACUGUUGUAUAGAGAUAGAUCAAACCCACCAGAGUCCAGCUGUGAUUCGAUGAAGAGCAUCCUGUCUAUGGACAAGCCAGUAAAAUGUAAGGGAAGACACACAUCAACUAAUCUGAGCACAUUCAAAUCAAAUCUAAUGAAGAAGUUUCAGUGUCUGCAUGAAGGAACAGAAAAACAGGGAAACCCAACCUUCCUGAAUGAGAUCUACACAGAGCUCUACAUCACUGAGAGUAAAAGUGGCGAGAUCAAUAAACAACAUGAGGUGAGACAGAUUGAGACACAAUCCAGGAGAGCAGAAACAGAGGACACACCAAUCAAAUGCAAUGACAUCUUUAGACCUUUACCUGAACAAGAAAAACCCAUCAGAAUUGUGCUGACAAAGGGAGUCGCUGGCAUUGGAAAAACAGUCUCUGUGCAGAAGUUUAUUGUGGACUGGAGUGAAGGGAAAGCAAAUCAAGACAUCCAGCUCAUAUUUCCACUUCCUUUCAGAGAGCUCAACUUGAUGAAAGACACAAAACUCAGUCUUUUAGAUCUACUUAAGUAUUUUUUUCCUGAAACAAAUGAAAUGAAAAUAUCCAGUGAUGCAAAUAAAGUUUUCUUCAUCUUUGAUGGUCUGGAUGAGUGUCGUCUGUCUCUGGAUUUUCAGAGCAAUGUGAGGUUGUGUGAUUUAAGUAAAUCUGAAACAGUGGAUGUGCUACUGACGAACCUCAUUGAGGGAAAUCUGCUGCCCUCUGCUCUUAUCUGGAUCACCUCCAGACCAGCAGCAGCUGAUCUCAUCCCCUCUGAGUUUGUCCAUCGAGUGACAGAGGUACGAGGCUUCAGUGACCCAAAGAAGGAGGAAUACUUCAGAAAGAGAAUCAGUGAUCAGAGUCUGGCCAACAAAAUCAUAUCACACCUGAAGUCAUCAAGGAGCCUCCACAUCAUGUGUCACAUCCCAGUGUUCUGCUGGAUUUCAGCCACUGUUCUAGAGGGAAUGUUGGUGGAAUCAUGGAAAGGAGAGAUCCCUAAAACUGUUACUCAAAUGUACACACACUUCCUGAUCCUUCAGACAAACAUUAAACAUGAGAAGGACUAUGAGAAGAAAGUGAAAGACGAAGACAUGAUCCUCAAACUGGGAAAACUGGCUUUUCAGCAGCUUGUGAAAGGCAACUUAAUCUUCUAUGAUGAAGACCUGAACGAGUGUGGCAUUGAUGUGACUGAAGCAUCUGUAUACUCAGGAUUGUGCACACAGAUCUUCAAAGAGGAAUUCGGCUUGUAUCAGGGGAAGGUCUUCUGCUUCGUCCAUCUGAGCAUUCAGGAACAUCUAGCAGCUCUGUAUGUGCACCUCUCCUUUACAGACUACAUAAAUGUGUUCGACCAAGCCACCGAACAAAAUGUUUUCUCUAAGGUCUUAAAUUGGAUGAAAAAUAAUUCAUUAUCUGGCCUACAUCAGACAGCUGUGGAUGAGGCUUUACAGAGUAAGAAUGGACAUCUGGACCUUUUCCUGCGUUUUCUUCUGGGUCUUUCACUGGAGUCUAAUCAGACUCUCUUACAAGAACUAAUAACACAGACAGGAAGCUGCUCCUACGAUAAAAAGGAAACAGCUGAAUACAUCAAACAGAAGAUCAGGGAGAAUCCCUCUCCAGAGAGAUGCAUUAAUCUGUUCCACUGUCUGAAUGAACUGGGUGAUGAUUCACUAAUGCAGGAGAUCCAGGAUUAUCUGAGAACUGGAAAAAUAAAUCAAAUAAAACUAUCUUCACAGUGGUCAGCUCUGGUUUUUGUGUUGCUGACAUCAGAGCAGAAGAUGGAAAAGUUUGAUCUAAAAAAAUUUAUGGGAGCUCAAAAUACAGCAGAUGAAGUUGUUCAGAAACUGCUGCCUGUGAUUAAAGAAUCCAGAUCAGCUCAAUUGUGUAAGUGUGGUGUCACAGAUAAAGGUUGUGCUAGUCUGGCUACAGCUCUAAGCUCAAACCCCUCACACCUGAGAGACCUGAAUUUAUCUGGAAAUAAGAUACAAGAUGCAGGAGUGAAACUGAUCUCAGAUGGACUGAUGGAUCCUCACUGUAACCUGGAAUCACUGCAGUUGAGUGAUUGUGGUGUGACAGAUGAAGGUUGUGCUGCUCUGGCUUCAGCUCUAAGAUCAAACCCCUCACACCUGAGGUAUUUGGACCUAACUGGAAAUAAACUAAAAGAUCUAGGAAUUAAUCUGAUCUCUUCUGUACUGGAUGAUCCUCAUAUUAAAAUGAAAACACUGCGGUUGAGUGAUUGUGGUGUCACAGAUAAAGGUUGUGCCGUUCUGGCUUCAGCUCUGAGAUCACACCCUUCACAACUGAGAUACCUGAAUUUGUCUCGAAAUAAACUAGGACCAUCAGGAGUGAAAUUGCUCUCUAAUGGACUGGAGGACCCUCAGUGUAAUCUGGAGAUACUCUGGUUGAUUAAUUGUGGCAUCACAUAUAAAGUUUGUGCUGCUCUGGCUUCAGCUUUGAGAUCAAACCUCUCACACCUAAGACAUCUCAAUUUGUCUGAAAAUAAACUACAAGACAAAGGAGUGGAUCUGCUAUGUGAUGGGCUGAGGGAUCCUCACUGUAAACUCGAAACACUGUGGCUGAUGGAUUGUAGUGUUACAGAUAAAGGUUGUGCUGUUCUGGCUUCAGCUCUGAGAUCAAACCCCUCUCACCUACAAAAACUGGAUCUGACUAGAAACUUUCUUGGAAAGUCACAAAUGAAGUUGCUCUCUGCUCUGAAGGAUGAUACGGAUUAUGAACUGAAGACACUUCUGUUUUAGACGUUAGUGUUACUUUCUCUGGAUCAUCACAUCACAUUUAAUAAAGACAACUCCAUAGUGAUCAUAACACACAGAUGUUAAACGGGUCAGAUGUGUAAAACAAGGAAACAGUUUCUUCUUUUCUCUACAUUUACAUUUCAUAUUAUAAAAUUAUCUUCUGUUUAAUCCAUAAUCCAAUACAUUUCAGAUCAACAACAAAAAAAAGAAAAUUAAAAUUAAAUCUGUGUAUGUUAGAAAUCUAAAUAUGAUGGUUUACUUUAUUGGCCUAUUGGACAUUGUUGCAUUAAUAGAUGAUAUAUAUGAUAUUUUCACUUAAUAAUGCAAUGUGUUGCCUCCUUUGUCACAUUACAUUUGUUGCUCUUAGGGAUUCAAAUGAGAAAAUCCUAUUUACCUUUCUAGUUUAUACUUGUAUUUUCUUCUAUUGAUAGAAGUGUUGCAAUUAAUUCAUUUUAAAUGUAUUAGCUUAUAUUUAUAUUUAAAACUUUAUAGCUUUUUAUGUUUGAAUAAUACAAUUUGCUGUGCUACCCCUUGUCCUUUGCCGUGCUGUUAAUUUUUCAUGACCUGUGUUUUUGUUUUGUUUUGUUUUGUUUUGUUUUGUUUUUAUUUUAACAUAAGUUUUGUGUUAAAUAAAUUGAUGUUUAGUUUUGAUAUCUCAGAUCUGAGCAAUUGUUCUUCUAGACUUCUACAAGAUAAUUUCUCCAAGACAUUGCAACAUUUCUCAAUUUUACAGACCUGUAGAAAGCUUUUUUUAAAUGAGAAGAAAUAAAUAAACACCAAUUUCCCAUUAGAGACCUCCUACACAGUGGCGUACGGGACAAGAUUUUGGCCAGAUGUUUUAAACAAAAAAAAAAGUUUACUGCAUGGAUAAAAAAACGCUACCUGUAUUAAAGUGUUUUGAGAGGAAAAAAAUAUAUGUUGCAUUUUAUAAUUACAUUCAAAAACAAUGUAGCCUAAAAUACAGGAAAAUAUAAACAUUAUGAACACAGGCUAUUUUAUAAACUUCCCUCCACAACAAACCAUCUAUAUUUAACAGUAUUUAGUCUAUAUAAACGUCAAGCCAAAAACAAAUUAAUUUAAAGGGAAACAUCUAGUUUAUGUACGUAACCCUCGUUCCUUAAAGGAGGGAACGGAAACCUUAUGUAAGAAUUGACUGACGAAUGGGGGUCUCGCCUGAGAGCCCAAUCAUCUUCGAGUGGUAACAAAAUGAGACAAUGGUACAUUGAUAACCUUGGUCUGCGGAAUUUGCAUCCCGAGGUCCAACACCGCUGUCUGUGGGUAUAUAAGGUGCAGUGCGAGCAACUCGCAUUCAAGUCUUCCAGGCUGCAGAAAAGUCAGAUUGUGCAGAGGACUCAACUGGUUCC